AAUAUAUAAACAAAAUUUGUGUUACACAAACCUCUCCGAAAGCUAUUAGUUUUACGAUUUGUGUAAAAAUUCGAAGCAAAUACUUCCGAAAUCUCGUGUUUUAUUUUGCGGCAUGUUAAAAUAUGCAUUAUAGUUUAGGUUAUCUAUGAAGAGGUUUGGAAAUCCAAUGGAUUCUCCCGUGCCGUCGACAAUGAAUUUUUCCACAUUUGUCUUGGAACUAAACCAAAGCCCUCUAGUUGAUUAUACAAGCGGUAAUAACAAAAGCAGUAAUCGCAACUGUUGUCUGCCAGAAUCUCGAGUGUCGCAAGAUUUCGAGAACACAAUGCAAAUGAUGAUGUCCAAUUACGAUUUGGAUGAUGAUGAUAAGUUAUCGUUGGCAGCCGCUCCUGUAUUGAGAAGUGAUUGUUACGACUCGGAUCGCGAAGAGUCAGGAUAUAUAGCGAAUGACAGUGCCUUUUCACUAGACCGAGAAUCUCACGAAUCAUUGGAAACUACCCUGGAUAAUGACGAUGACCCGUUGGAACUUACGGAAGAAGAUUUCGAUGAUAGUGGUGACGCCGCCGACGGCGGAAGUUCGGAUGAGCAGCAACAUUCAAGAUCGUUAUCCUUAUCUUUUUCGCUAUCGAGCUACCGUGCACAAGAGAAUUUUUCUCAAUACUCACAAAGUACCGACAAAGGACUUUCGAAACGAUAUGAUUCUCCUUGCUCAUACGAAGAUGACCGUGAAUCGGAGUGCACUAAUUUUGAUAAGCUUGACGAUUGGAAUGAUUUUAUCAACGACAUGCAGAAUAAUAACAACGGAGAUGCUACGACACGAGACUUCAGAGAGUAUUAUGACGAAUAUUUAGCCAGUAAAGGGCAGGCUGGAAUUCCUGUUUCUAGAACUGGCAGUGGAACAGAGCGAUCGAGUGACGAAAACGAAAGCAAAGAAUCUACUAGUAGCUGUGGAGAUGGCGAAACGGUCCAGUUAGCAGCUAUGAUGAUUGAUAGGCCAGCUGAUCCGCAUCCAAAUACACCGGUAUCCGUACACCAGACCACUGUAACGGAGAAAUGUCGCACUUUCCUCGAAUAUCGCAACCCUGCUUGUGAAUUUGAUGACGAACCAGUGGCAUCGGAAGAGAUGUGGGACGAAGUAGUUAGUCAUCAAAACUCCUUCAAGCGAAAGUUUUGUUACGAAGAUCGUGAUGAUUAUGACUAUGAAGUGACGGAACUGAUCACGGAAAAGUUUCGUAAGACAGACAUCGUACCAGAUCACGGGUCUCAUGAACCGAUUUCGUUGAUAGACGAACAACAAUUUAACCGGUUGACACAAAUGGAAUCUCCCAGUAAGACGCCCGUUCCAGGAAAACUGGCCGCUGAAUCCGAAAAUAAUAACAGAACAAACGAAACCGAAGACAUUGAUCUGAUCGAUUGUACGGUAGUAACUACUCCUACGAAUCAUAGAAUUUUACGGCAGACUUUUCCAAAGCUCACUGAUAACUCGAAACUUAGCCAAAGUACGACUGUUGCACGAGAAUGUGAUUUCAAUACCAAACAUCGGCGUUCUAUGAUAGGAACUCCGACUUCUGAACUAGUAACUCGAUCACCAUUGACUUCCGUCACUGCUCAUCGUAGAUCGAAUCUUAAUUUAAGUCUGAUUAACGCUCCCGACAAUUCCCAUUAGUACUUUUCUUACCAUACGGCUAUUAUUUAUUUAUUAUUAAUAUUUUGUUAAUGUUUCACUUUGCUUGACAUCUCUUACCAUUUAUAAUCAGACAUGGGAGUGUUUUCAUUUGUUUAUAAGUUAUAGUAUUCAAUACUAGUGUGACAAACGACAUGUGAAAUACUAGUCUCAAACAAUACCUUUACUGAUAUAAUCAGUAUUCUUACAUUUGCCCCAGGAAGGAGGUUUUUAUUGUUAUUAUUUUUUUUUAUUGCUCGCUCUAAUCAAGUAAAAAUAAUUUGAUUGAAAUACGUAUUGGAUUCUAAAAAUGCUUUUAAUCUUAGGAAACCGUUACCUGUGACUAUUUUACCUGGUAGACAAGCAAGUCCAAACAAAAGUAGUGCAACAGGUUGAAAACCUUUAACCCUAGAAAAUCAUAAGCAGAACCGUUAAGACUUACACAACCGCGAAGACUUAGAGAAAAUAUAUUAGUUACAAGAACAAA